AUGUUCGGGUACCAGAAGGGCCUCGACGUCGAGGCGGGGACCUCGGGCGGCGCCGCCGCCACGAGCGGUGCGCGCCAGCUCUACCCGGGGAUGCAGGAGAGCCCCGAGCUGCGCUGGGCGCUCAUCCGCAAGAUCUACGUCAUCCUCUCGCUCCAGCUGCUCCUCACCGCCGUCGUCGCCGCCGUCGUCGUCAAGGUCCGCGCCAUCCCGCACUUCUUCACCACCACCAACGCCGGCCUCGGCCUCUACAUCUUCCUCAUCAUCCUCCCCUUCAUCGUGUUGUGCCCGCUGUACUUCUACCAUGAGAAGCACCCAGUCAACCUGAUCCUGCUCGGCCUCUUCACUGUCGCCAUCAGCUUCUCAGUGGGCUUGACAUGUGCCUUCACCAGUGGCAAGGUCAUUCUGGAGUCUGCAAUUCUGACAACAGUGGUUGUGCUCAGCCUGACUGCAUACACUUUCUGGGCCGUGAAUAGGGGCAAAGACUUCAGCUUCCUGGGUCCUUUCCUGUUCGCCUCCCUCAUAGUGCUGCUUGUGUUUGCACUCAUCCAGAUACUGUUCCCACUGGGCAAGCUCUCCCAGAUGAUCUACGGCGGGCUGGCGUCGCUCAUCUUCAGUGGGUACAUUGUCUACGACACGAACAACAUCAUCAGGCGCUUCACGUACGACCAGUACGUCUGGGCCGCGGUCUCCCUCUACCUGGACGUCAUCAACCUCUUCCUGUCCCUGAUGACCCUCUUCAGGGCGGCCGACUAG